CGUCGCCGAGUGUAGCAGACGACGGCUUAUUAUUGAUUCUCAUCGAUUAAAAAAUUUAAUCAAAUAAAAAUUAAAUUAUUUAUAAUUUUAACUUAAAAUUUAAAACUUUAAAGUUAAAUUUAAAAUUCCAAUAUCUAGCACAUUAACCAAUGAUAUUGAUUUUUCAAUAUGGCGCUUAACGUUCGUAUGCCAAGUUCCGUCUGCUUAGAAUUAAGCUGUUUAAGAAUUUCAGACUUAUUCGAAAGCGUCUUAUAAAUCAAUAAUUAAUAUAAUUGAAUUAUUUCCCGGAGAAUGAUACAUAAUGUCAAAUGAGAAAACUUCACUUGGCAGCGGUACUAGUUGCUACUAGCAGUUUCUUAUUGUUUAUACAAAUUUUUAUUCUUCAGUUAUUAACAGGAAAGGAUACUGAAGUAAAUAAUGAACCAAAUGUUGUUUUGGAAGCAGUUCAAGCAGUUGCAGCAUCUGGUGCUAAGCAUGGAUUUUCAAUGUUUUUAAUUGAUCCCUUUAUUUUGAGCAAUAUAUAUAAUGGCAGCAAGAUUGGGAGAGAUAAUAGAUGCAGAAUAUUAUGUUUAGGACAGAGAGUUACACAUUUUGGUACUCUAGGUCAGUUAUCCACUCAAACUCAAAAGGAAAGAUUUUUAAAUGAGUUGAAAGAAAUAGGAGCAAAAGUUUUGGUUUUUGAUGGAGAUAAUCCUAUUCUUAUUCGACAUGAAUUGAAAGUUCAGAUUCCUCUGCAUUACAUAAUAAUAAUUUAUCAACAUCUUAUUCACAUUGUGGUCUUUUAUGAUCGAGGUAAUCAAUAUUGGUGGCAUGGUCCUCUACAUUUAAUUGGUGCUCAGUCAAAAGAAGUUGAAGGAUUCAAAAUUCAAGAUUGCAAAUUUAGUCAACAAGCUGGUUCUUAUGAAAAUUUUAUUGAUACUGAAGUAAAUAAUGAACCAAAUGUUGUUUUGGAAAGAUUUUUAAAUGAGUUGAAAGAAAUAGGAGCAAAAGUUUUGGUUUUUGAUGGAGAUAAUCCUAUUCUUAUUCGACAUGAAUUGAAAGUUCAGAUUCCUCUGCAUUACAUAAUAAUAAUUUAUCAACAUCUUAUUCACAUUGUGGUCUUUUAUGAUCGAGGUAAUCAAUAUUGGUGGCAUGGUCCUCUACAUUUAAUUGGUGCUCAGUCAAAAGAAGUUGAAGGAUUCAAAAUUCAAGAUUGCAAAUUUAGUCAACAAGCUGGUUCUUAUGAAAAAGUUGAAAUUAGUCCUGUUGUAAUUGAUAACAUCAAGCUUCAUUUUCCAAAUAAAUUUUCAUUUAUUGCACCUGCAAGUUCAACAAAGUUCAUAGAAUGUAAUUAUAUCAGAUCGAAAUUAUUUUAUGAAAAAUAUGGAAGAGAUGAAAGUGAGGAUGCAGAAUUAUUUCGAACUAAAGCAUGGAAACUUCUCUCUAAAGCUAAAACUCUUUUGGAUCAUUUGAAUAUACCAUUUUGGUUAAGUAGCGGAACUUGUUUAGGUUAUUUCAGACAGUGUGACUUCAUACCAUAUAGCAAAGAUGUAGAUAUUGGAAUUUGGAUUAAAGAUUAUAAUCCAGACAUUAUUCCAGCAUUUUCUACACAUGAUCUUCCAUUGACUCAUUCAUUUGGGAAGAUUGAAGAUAGCUUUGAACUAUCUUUCAGAGACAAUGAUAUUAAAUUAGAUGUUUUUUUCUUCUAUGAAGAGAGAGAUUAUGUUUGGAAUGGUGGAACACAAGCAAGAACUGGGAAAAAAUUCAAAUAUAUUUUCCCAAAAUUUGAAUUGUGUUGGACUGAAUUCCUUGAAUUAAAGAUUCGUGUUCCAUGUCAGACAGAAGAUUAUAUACAAGCAAAUUAUGGGCCAAAUUGGUUUGAACCAGUGAAAAAUUGGGAUUGGAAAAAAAGUCCACCAAAUGUAGAAGAAAAUGGACAAUGGCCAAUAGAAGACUGGCCUGAUGUAAUACAGUUAAUACCAAUUCCAGAACAGACUUAAGGCGAUUUCUUACUUAAAAUGUUUGUUUUAUAUAUACAAAUGUAUUAAUGUGUCAAUUUUUUAAUGAAAAAUAAGAAUAUAGUUAUACAUAUAAAGUACAUAAAUGAUAUUAUCUGAUUAUAAUGCAAUAAUAGUUUGUUCCUAAAUGUAAAUUUGAGUGUGUUAUUGAUCAAUCUGUUGAUUAGAAGUUAAAAUCUUGCAAACAGUCACAUUUUGUAUUCAAUAUUUUAUUCAAAGCAUUUA